AUGGGGCAGCCUCUCCCCACAGCUCCCAUCCUCCCUGCGGUGCCCCCCAUCACGCCUCCUGUUGCCCCACGGCGGCGCCGCCGGCGCCGCCUGCCCCAUAGCGACCCCGAGCCCCAGCUGCCCCAGGCCCAGUUCCAGGCCCAGCUCCUGCAGCCCGAGAGCCACUGUCAGCCCCUGGUGCUGCCUGAGCCCCCCAAGAGGCGCCGCUGGACCCCAAAGCAGCUGCUGGAGACCCCGACCUGUGGGUGGCUGCCCCCCAACCUCUGGGCCCUAUGGAAUCGCUGCCGGCUCCUGCCCCACAUCGAGGCCCCCCCAGUCCCCCCUGAGCUGCCCAGUGAGGUGGAGGUGCUGCGAGAGGCGCUGGAGCCGAGUCUGCCCCCACUGCCCUCCUCGGAGGUGUCUCUGGAGGUGUCAGAGGAGGAGCUUCGGCCCCGUCUGCUGAUCCCUGAGGAGCGGCGGCCCCUCCCUCCAUUGCCACCCCCCCCGCUCCCGGAGCUGCCUGAACGCCCCGAACCGGAGCUGCCCCCCAGUGUCCCCCCCAACAUGGCCGCCCUGCGCAGGCUGGUGGCAGCUGCGGCACGGCAGCCGGGGGGGGGGGAGCUGGCGGCCAUCUUGCCCCCCACCGCCUCCCGGCUGCUCAUGGGACGGCUGUUCUACCUGUGCCUGGAGCUCUGUGGUGCUGGAUGGCUGCGGCUGGAGCAGACCCAGCCCUUUGGCCCCAUACGUGUGGGGCCGGGGCCACGCGGGGCACCCCCAGAUAUGGGGCAGGAGGAGGAGGAAAGGGUGGCCCCAGAGCCCUCCUAUUAAAAGC